GCCUAUUGGGGAAGGCGGGAGUUGAGGCCCUUCCGUCGGAACGCGGCAUUUGCCGAAAGCGAGGCGGGGAGUAGCUCGCUGUAAUUGGACCGGAGGCCCGCCACUCACGGUCGAGCGCCGCAGGCUCUUGCCGGGGAACUUCAGGUAAAGGGAAGGCUGGAGUGCAGAACCGGGCUGUGCCUGCAGAGCCGACUUAAUACGGAUGGACAUUGCAUGUGAGAAAGGCAGGGAUGGUCGGUUAUGACCCCAGUACAAAUGGGAAGAAAAAUUCCAAGGCAGAGGUGGCAGUAGCUGGGUCUGCCUCUGGACUCGUUACUCGGGCUUUGAUUAGCCCCUUGGAUGUUAUCAAAAUUCGUUUCCAGCUUCAGGUUGAGCACCUGUCACCCAGUGACCCACAUGCAAAAUACAAUGGGAUAAUACAGGCAGCCAGGCAGAUCCUGAAGGAGGAGGGCCUAACAGCAUUCUGGAAGGGGCAUAUUCCAGCCCAGAUUCUCUCCAUAGGCUAUGGAGCUGUCCAAUUUGUGACGUUUGAGCUCCUGACUGAAUUCGUCCACAGAACUGUGUGGCAAGACCCACGUAACUUCUCAGUGCAUUUUGUGUGUGGUGGCAUCUCUGCCUGUGCUGCCACUCUCGCAGUGCAGCCUGUUGAUGUUCUCCGAACUCGUUUUGCUGCUCAGGGUGAGCCUAAGAUCUACAGAAACCUCCGUCAUGGUGUGAUGAUGAUGUACAAGACCGAAGGCCCGUUGGCUUUCUACAGAGGCUUGCCACCCACUUUGAUUGCUAUCUUCCCCUAUGCGGGGUUCCAGUUCUCCUUUUAUAGCGCCCUGAAGCAGGUCUACGAAUGGGCCAUUCCAGUUGACAGAAAGAAGAAUGCGAACCUCAAAAAUCUUCUGUGUGGCAGUGGAGCUGGGGUCAUCAGCAAGACAAUUACAUAUCCCCUGGACCUCUUUAAGAAGAGGUUGCAGGUGGGUGGCUUUGAGAAAGCCCGGGAACCCUUUGGACAGGUUCGAAAGUAUGAGGGCUUCCUGGACUGCGUCUGGAAGAUUUUCCAAGAAGAGGGCACCCAGGGCUUCUUUAAAGGUCUCACUCCCAGCCUGCUGAAGUCUGCUGUGUCCACUGGCCUUGUGUUCUUCUGGUAUGAGUUAUUCUGUCACCUCCUCAGCUGCAGGAACGCCUGAGACACCAGAAGACAGGGAGAGAAAACAUACUCAUGGAGGUUGUGGGUUGUCCAGAGUCAAACAACUAUAGAGUUGUCAGAACCCAGACUGGCCCUGGAAGAAAAGCCAUUAAGAUCCAACCUUAGGGGACAGUGAAGUUCCCUGUGCAACACAUGAGCCAUCCCGAAAGUCUUGGUGCAGUUUUUAAUCCAUUAAAGCUUAAAACUGCAUGCACUAAGACUUUUGAGCCUCCCUGUAUGCCAAUCAAGAUGCUGGGGGAACAGGGUAAGGAUUUAAUUUUCACCAACCUUCAACACAGCGUUUCCUUCACUUACUUUGAAACUAUCUGAGAGUGGUCCAUGACACAGAAGGUUAAGACCCUCUGGCCGAUGGUGUCCAUGGGGGUUGGGGGGAGCAGACAUUCGCACCCUCCAUGUACGUAUUCUGUAAGCAACUCGCCCUCCAAAGACUUGUCGGGGCUGUCGUUGAUGGAUAGAUUGGUUCCAUCCCAGAAUGGCAGUGAUUGUAACCUCCUCCCUCCUUGGAUUAGCCAGGCUAUUACCAGCAGACAGGCUCUCCCCCAGCUUCUUGAUAAUCCCCAUUCCCUCCUCCUCUCUACCAUCUUUCCAGGUUCUAUCCCUGCAGCCAGAACACUAGAGAAAAGACACGUGGCUGCUUUGAGAAGUGUCCCGGGGUUCUGCAGGGUACUCCCUUGGCAGAGCUCUCCCCCCAGGCCAAGGAACCGGAUGUAUCUCCGCUUCCCCCAAGAAUAGGAGCCCCUCUCUCUGGGGCUCAUUGCUAUUGUUUAGCCCCAGUUUUUUGUUUUUGUUUUUAGCAAGGCUGGGAGGGCAAGGCAAGUAAGGUGCUCUGGGCC